UCCUAUCUAGAGCACCGGCAGCCAUGAACGCCCUUUGCCUCUCAACCGCCGCAGGCUCCCCUCCACCACGCCUUCUCAGGUCCCCGCCACCAUUUUCGCUUUUACGGCAGCCGAAAACCUUCUGCCCUAGCCGUAAGUCGUGGUGGCAGUUGCCGGAGCUGCGCCGGUAUUGGCGCAGGACUAGGAGGGCGUCUUUCCGACCGGCUGGCAAGCCGGAGAAGGAAGAAAUGGAGGCGGGUGAGGAGGUCGAGGAAGGAGAAGGGUUAGAGGAGGUGGGGAAGGAGGAGCUGGAGAAACUGGAGGAGGAGGCCCUGAUGGGGGAUGACCAGGGGAAGGAGCCAAUGGACUACAAUAGGAGAGCUCACAUCUUCUACAAAAGCUCCGAAGUCUUCCACGACGUUAAGGAAUCUGCACCUCCUCCUCCUUCCUGA